AUGUCCAACUAUAUCAAUACGCCACAAGCGACUGAUGCUUCGUACAUCACCAAUGGCCUGGAUCGCCUUGGGGAGAUUUCGCCAGAGAAGUCUUUUGCAGCGCCCCCGGGGAAUCGUGAUUUGAUCAGUCAGAUGAGAAACGCCAAAAGCCAGGGCGUCAACCUCCGUACCCCUCGAGCUGGCCUACGGGAUCCAUUGCGCCUGCUUCCAAAUGGCAAUCAGGUUCGCUCCGAGUUCACGCCGCUCAUGCAAAGUGCCGCAAAGAAGAACAUCGCGCGUCGCCUUUCGAGCAAAAAGGCCGGUGCUCUAACCACUCCUUCCUACCUGAAAGACGGGAACACUCCUGGAGUCCCAAGACUCAGCGAUAUAUCGCAGUUUGCGAGCGAACACACCACCAGUUCGGCCGGAAAUGCAAUUGACAAUACUCCAAUGCCUCAGCAGAUUAGCAGCAGCGCGCAAAGCACACCUCUCGCCCAACUACCUGGACGAGACGCAGCUGGACUCGUUAACGAUGGGAAUAUGAUGACGUUGCGCGAGCAAGAAAGCAUUAUCGACAAGAUUGAGAAAGAGAACUUUGGCUUGAAGAUGAAGAUACAUUUCUUGGAAGAGGCUUUGUCAAAGCGAGGCAACGAAUUCAAUCAAGCGGCACUCAAAGAGAAUACCGACUUAAAGGUCAAUAAGAUCAGUAUGCAGCGCGAAUUACACAAGUUCAAGAAGAACAUUGCCCAAGCUGAGAAGGAUGCGGAGGUCUACCGGCUGCAGCUUGAAGAGUUCAAAGAACGAAUCAGACGAAAACAGGUGGAUGAAAGUGUCCGGGCCGAGCUUGAGACUCUCCGAACGGAGGUGAAAGCAAGGGACAAGCAAAUCAAGGCAUUAGAAGACGAGAGAGACUCCGCAAAAGAGCAAGGGAAGACGAUUGUCGAGAAGCUGCAAGAUGAGAUUGAUGAUCUCCGGGUCGAACUACGGGAGAAGGAUCGGAAACUUGAUGAGAGAGAUGACCAAAUUGAUGUGCUAAAAGCGCAGGCAAGCAAGGAAUCCAAUGAUGUUGCUGAAAUCGAGGAUGGACUGGAGUCUGCGCGGCAAGAAAUUGAAGAUCUCAAGCAGAAUCUCGAGCGAGCAAAGGCAGUAGCACAAGAAGCAAAGGAAAGCCAGGAAGAGGCUCUGGAUGAAAAGCGCAAAGCAGAAGAAGACCUAGAUGAGCUGCGCGACGAAAUGGCCAAUAAGUCCUUUACCACUAAAGGACUGAGCAGACAGCUUGAAGAGAAGGCAAAUAAGCUUGAAGAUGAUUUACAAGACUUGCAAGAACGGCACAAUGCCUUGCAAGUCGAGCUUGCACAGAAGUCGGAUUCAGAGCGGCAGUUGCGUGAGAAAGUCCGAGAAGUGGAACGGGAAGGAGGAUCAGGCCUUCGAAAGCUGCAGCAAGAUCUCGAUCAGUCUCAGCAACAACGUGAUACUUUCGAACGCAAACUGAACAACAUGACCAAACAACUCGAGACUAUCGAGAAAGAAUUGCAAGUCAAAGUCGAAGAGAAAGAUCUCCUGCAAACACGUCAUGACGCUUUGACCAAGGAAUCUGCGGAACUGCAGAAAGACCUCUCUAAAGCACAGAAAUCAAUUCGAGACCUCGAACACGCUCUCGAUGAAGAGAGGCAACACUCAGCGCAGAAUGAAAUCGCCUUGAGAUCGCAGCAUAAGCAAGAGAUCGAUCUUUUGAACGAACAGAUCGACGGACUGCACCGUGAAGUGCAUUCCAAAGAACGGGACCAUGCAGCUGAUCUGGAGGAGUGGGAAGCACAGAGACGGACGCUUGAAGCAGCUUCGCGGAAAGCGGAGGAGAAGGCAAAUGGGCUUCAACGCACAGUGGACAAGCUCCAAGACGCGCAAGGAACAAUCAAUGGCAGUGAAAUGAAGCUGCAAGCGGCGCUCGAAAGCGAGAAGCAACGACAUUAUCAGGAAGAGCAGGUCCUUUCCAAGCAAAUUGAGGAGCUUCAACAUGACCUCGCCAACAAACGGACUGCGUCGGACGAAAGUCGGUUGGAGCUCAACAACGCCAAGGAAGAGCUGCGUAUCUCGAUCCGGGAACAAGCUGCACUGAAAGAAAAAGUGGCUGAACUGGAAGAGGAAAUCGAGGUGCUGCAGGCAGAUAUCGAGCAAGAGCACGAGUUCGCAGAGAAACAGCAACAGAAAUACUCCACCCACGCGGAUGCCCAGGUUCAGCAGAUGCGGCAAGAAAGGCAGUCUCUGCAGGCAGAACUUGCGAGCCUCAGGAGUGAACUUCAGGAUGCACGCUUGGCUCAGGAAAGUGCCGAGCUCGAACGCGAUGCCCUCGAGACCAAACUUCAAAAUGCUUCGAAAUCCAACGACGACACCUUCAGCAUCGACCAAGAGAAGCGAGAGCUGAAGCGCAUCAAAGUUAAGUUGGAGAAAGACGUUGCGCGCUUGACAACGGAGCGCGACAAUCUGCACGAAGCUAACCAAGCUUUGGAAGACGAGAUCAAUGCCGAACUUGAGCGAUCAAGCGAGGAAGAGAAUCGCUUGAACGCGGAGAUAGAUUCGCUCCGCAACCAGAAAGCCCUUAAUGCAGAGAACAGAGACCGCGAAUUGGCCUCCGCAAAGAAUAAGGUUGCUCGUUUGGAGACUCGAAUCAAAGAUUUGGAGACCAUGCUAGACAAUCAGUCGAAGAUUGUGGCUUCACCAGCUGGAGAUGUGUCUAGUCUCAGACAGGAUUUGGUUGAAGCAAGGAAAAAUGAAACAGCGGCCACAAAAAGAGAAACAGACCUGAAAGCAGCCAACCGAGACUUGAAGAUGCAGGUCAAUGAACUCGAACGUGAGCUACAUGAAGCCAAACUUGCCCAAUACAAAGCCAAAUCACCGUCACUCUCACCCCCUCCAUCACACUCGAAAGAACUGGCGAAGCUUCGACAAGAACUCGUCGACACUCGAGCCGAAAUCCAAGUUCUCAGCUCGGAAAAUCGCGACUUGAAGCGCGCUGCCCGUCGAGCUUCUAUCGACCAGGAUCAGCUGGUCACCCUGCAGACUCAGAUCAAAUCUCGAACUGCAGAAGUGGAAUCAUUAGGUGUGAAGGUUGCAGAGCAGAAUGACCUUGUUGAUGAUCUGCGCGAGCAGCUAAAUCGUCUCCGCGAAAAAGAUGGGGAGACACAACACCUCUCAUCGAGCAUCCGCAAACGUGAUAGGCAGAUUAGUGAUCUCAAAGCACAACUCAAACGGUUGCGGGGGGAGCAGGAAGAAGCCAAUGACUUUUCCAUGCGACUCUCAGUUCGUGACGAUGAAGCUCGUGAGAUGAAACACCAGCUUCGACGUCUCCGGGAAGAGCGCAGCCUUGCCAACAAAAAGGCUAAAGCUGUGGAAAACGAGCUCGAGGCGCUGCAGAGCAAGUAUGAAGAUAUGCUAGAGCGGCUGACAUCUGGCAAGUCAAGCAAAGAUGAGAUUCGAGCAAAGGAGAUGAAGGGCCUGGUCAAAGAGAUUAUGUGGUUGAAGGCCAAAUGCAAACGGGAAGAACGCCUGCGCAAGGAUCUUGCUUGGAGCAAAGCAUUCCUGGAGCAGGGCGAGGCGGUGAGAGUCGAGUGCAACCAGGUUGAUCUGCAUAUAUUGGGAGAAAUGGGCGUGGCCCUUGAUAGACGCAAGUACGAGGUCAAGCUGAAACCAGUCCAGAAAUUGCGUGCCGGUGUGCUUGCCGUAAUCGCUGCCAUUCGCAUGAGCAAGAUGGAAGAACAGUGGAGAGAAGCCAAACUGCUCGGUGAAGAGCUGAAUUGGAUACGAAUCAGACAAUCGAGGCAGCGUUCAACGAGACGUGUUUUGGAGAUUUGA